AUGAAAGAUGAUGUUGAACGAGUUAUUCUGUUAACAAAUGUUGCCGUGAACAUCCCUCUGGCUUUGACCUCUGUUAUUGGGAAUUCUAUGGUUCUACACGCAAUACGGAAAACGCCAUCUCUUCGAUCGCCACUAACUUUUCUUAUCUGUGGAUUGGCUUUAUCAGAUCUCGCUGUUGGUACACUUGUACAACCUUUCUUUAUAGCAGAUAUUUUGGUUCAGUUGUAUGUUCAGUCUCAGGGAUUUAAACAUACAUUUCGUCGUUGUUACAACACAGUUGGUUUCUAUCUGUGUGGAGUGUCACUAUGUACAAUAGCUUGUAUUAGCAUUGACAGGCUUAUCGCUGUUCAAAAACCCUUACGAUAUCCAAGUAUUGUCACAAAGUACAGAAUAAGCCGU